GCAUCAGUUGUAUUCUGCAGCAAAGUAAAAGUGAUUCAUCACUUAGGUGAAAACCAAAAGUAUUCUUUUCUACUGUACAAGUUUAACCCUUCAUUAACAAUACAAGAUGCCUUGCCCAUGCGGAAGUGGCUGCAAAUGCGCCUCCCAGACCAACAAGGGUUCCUGCAACUGCGGCACCGAUUGCAAGUGCGGCGGCGAGAACAAAAGCAAGUGCGGCUGCUCCUCCAAGUGAAUGCGCCAGCAGUUCAUAGUUUAAACUAAAUUAAAAUUAGAAUCUUUUUUUAUUUUUUGCACUUGCAAAAAUAACUAUAUACACACACUUACACAUGCAUAAGAGAAAAGUUCAUGUGUGCCUAUGUGCGCUUCUCGCAAUGAAUUGAAUAAUGUGCAAUAAACGAAAUUGAAAUGAAA